AUGGUUCCUGGGCCCAUGCACUCUGGGUCUGUGCCACAGAGACUGCCUGGCACCCCCAGGUAUGGAGUUGCGGACACCAUAGGGGAAAGGGCCCUGUGUGUGGAGACAUCUGGAACAGGAAUUGGCACCUGGGAGUACAACCCGUUUGGCCCAGCAGUUCCUGUGGAGUGGGGAGCUGGGGGCUGUGGCGUCUCCAACACCCACACCAUGCCCCAGUUCCUGGCCAACUUGGGCCAAAAGGAGACGCUGAACUUUGGAGGGCCAUGCCCUGCCCUGUGUGUCCUAGCCUGGGCCCAGCCCUGGUUCUACCAUAUUCCUGGCCCGGGCCAUACCCUUGUCCUGGCCCUGACCCUGCCCUGGCCCUGUCCUGGCCCUUCCUUGGUCCUUCCCUGCCCUUCCACACCCGGCCUUGCCCUCACCCUGCAUUGGCCCUGCACUGCCCUGGCACUGCCUUGGCCCUGGCCCUGCCUUCUCCCUGGCCUUGCCCUGGCCCUACCCUUGCCUGCCCCUGGGCCUACCCUGUCCAUGACAUGGCCCUGGACCUGCCUUGUCAUCCUCUGUUCUGGCCGUAUAUUGACCCCACCGUGCCUUGAUCCAGCACUUGCCCUGGCCGUGUGCCUAGUCCUGCCCCUGCUAUGGCCCUGCCCUGCUUUUGGCCAUGCCCUGUGCUACCCUAACCCUGCCCUAACCUGGUUCUGACCUGGCCUUGGCCCUACCCUGGCCUUCUCCUACCCUGGCCUUGCCCUACCCUGUUCUUGCCGUGCCCUGGCCUUGGCUUUGCCUUGUCCUGGUCCUGAUUCUGCCCUGGCCCUGCCCUUGCUCUGGCCCUGUCCCUGGCCCAGGCUUGACCCUGGUCAGCACCUCGCCCUGUGUUGGUCCUGGCCCGGCCCUGGCCCUGACAGUGCCCAGGCCCCACACUGGCCAUGCCUUGGCCUUGGCCCCUCCUUGGUCCUGCCCUGGGCCUGUGCUCUCUUAUUCUUCCUCUGGCCGUUUCUUGGUCCUGUGCUAUCUUAG